UCACCUCACAUCUCGCAGCUUCUUUCUCUCUCGGCUCUCUCUCUCUUCCCUAUAAAAUUUUGGGCUGAGUUUUCUUCAAUCUCUCUCUCUAUUUCUUCAUACUUUUGAUUUUGUACAUAAACAUUUUUCAAUCGAUUUUGAUAUCUGAAUUUGCAUUUCAUAAUCUUAAUAUUAAACAAUUGGAAAAAAGAAGAAGAAAAGGGUGGGGAGGCAUACCCAGAUAAUGAACCUACCCUCUGUUCUUAAUCUCAUUGUGCCUCCCCUCAGAUCUUAAGAUUUUUUCAUCUGGGUCGUCUUCAAUCGGAUUGUUUUGUUCUUUCUUCAUUCAUUGCUUGUUGUUGAUCAAGGAUCCGAUGUUCCUUAACUGAAUCCGACAAUAUCUAUAUUUGCAUCUUUUACAGUUUUUUUUGAGGUUGUCAUAAUUUAAGGUAUUGUAUUGUUUUGUAAUUCUCUUGCUAUCAUCAUACUUGGUACUAUUUGUAUUUGAAUAAUUUGAUUAAUGUUAAUGCUACCAAGUUUUGAUUUUAUCUGAAACUAGGAUUUUGUUCUUUGUUGGUCUUAUGUUGUUGUUCUUUUGUUUAGAAUUACUAUUGUCUAUAGUUGUGUGUUGAGUAAUUUGAUUGGAUCCGCGAGAAUUUGUGUUUUUUCUUUUAUUUCAUUUGUAGUGAUGUUGAUGCCACUUGCAUUUUGUGUUGUUUUAAGCUUGUGGUGGAUGAAUGAAGUGUUUCUUUUGCUUGUGUGUAGAUAAAAUGCAAUCAGAUAAUGGCAAGUUAUUUAUUGGUGGAAUAUCGUGGGACACAAAUGAAGAACGACUCAGGGAGUAUUUUAGUACUUAUGGUGAGGUUAAGGAAGCAGUGAUAAUGAAGGAUCGGACAUCUGGUAGAGCUCGUGGAUUUGGUUUUGUUGUUUUCAUCGACCCAGCUGUUGCAGAAAUUGUCAUCAAAGAGAAGCACAACAUCGAUGGAAGGAUGGUUGAGGCGAAGAAAGCCGUUCCUCGUGAUGAUCAGAAUGUAUUGAGUAGAACCAGUGGCAGCAUCCAAGGUUCUCCUGGUCCAGGUCGCACAAGAAAGAUAUUUGUUGGAGGUUUAGCUUCUACAGUGACAGAGAGUGAUUUCAAGAAGUACUUUGAUCAGUUUGGGACUAUAACAGAUGUUGUAGUAAUGUAUGAUCACAACACUCAGAGGCCACGGGGCUUUGGAUUUAUCACUUAUGAUUCAGAAGAGGCUGUUGACCAGGUCUUACUUAAGACGUUUCAUGAAUUGAACGGUAAAAUGGUUGAGGUCAAGCGAGCAGUUCCUAAGGAGUUAUCGCCAGGACCUACCCGCUCUCCUCUCAGCGGAUACAACUAUGGUCUGAGUAGGGUCAAUAGUUUCUUGAAUGGUUUCAGUCAGGGGUACAGUCCAAGUACUGUUGGAGGCUAUGGACUUCGGAUGGAUGGUAGGUUCAGUCCGGUUGCUAGUGGCCGAAAUGCAUUUGCGCCAUUUGGUUCUGCUUAUGGAAUGGGUAUGAAUUUCGAGCCUGGUUUGAGUCCUGGAUUUGGAGGUAAUGCAAAUUUCAAUGGAAAUCUUAGCUAUGGACGGGGCUUAAAUCCGUACUUCAUCGGCAGCUCCAAUAGGUUUGGCAGUCCUGUUGGAUAUGAAAGUGGUAAUGGAGGAAACAAUUCGUUCUUCAGUUCUGUGACUCGAAAUUUGUGGGGGAAUGGAAGCCUUAACUAUGGAACAAAUUCUGCAAAUUCCAGUGCAUACAUUGGAUCAGGGAGUGGGAAUGUUGGAGGAAAUGCAUUCGGCAAUACUGGAGUUAACUGGAGUUCUUCCCCGAUUUCUGGACACGGUGGAGGGAACAAUGUGUCACAGGGUAGUGGCAACCUUGGAUAUGGAGGUGGCAACAACGGUUAUGGAUUAGGGACUGAAGGGUAUGGAAGAAGCAGUGGCUCCACUCUUGCACCAACAUCUUCAUACUCUGCAUCAAAUGGUGGUGGUGUUGAUGGUGCUUUUGCUGAUUUUUACAACAAUAAUUCGGUCUAUGGGGACACCACUUGGCGAUCUUCGAAUUCUGAGAGAGAUGGAUCUGGCCCCUUUGGUUACGGACUUGGUGGUGCAGCUUCAGAUGUUUCUGCCAAGACUUCUCCUGGUUAUGUUGGUGGUUAUACUGUUAAUAAAAGGCAGCCAAAUAGGGGAAUUACUACAUAGGAAGAUCGUAUCGUUUUGAUGACACGAACUUGUAGGCGGAGAUAAUCCAGUGAAGCAGGUGAAUUGUGAAUUUUGCACACCACUUUUGUUACUAUAUUUCGGUUUUAAGACAUAAGAUGUUUGGUUAUCUAGAGCUAACUGAAGUGCCUGUUUUGAGGAUUCAGAUAUAGAGAUAGAAGUUACAAGGGAAUGUUACGGCUUGAGUUUUUUGAGUUAUUACUAUUUAGGUUUUGGGUUUUUGGGAUUUGAGUGAGAUGUAAAAUCUUAUUGCGGGAUAUAGUGGAAGUGUAUCAUGCAUCACUUGUGAGGAAGCAUUAUAAAAACAUCGACAACAUUUCUUUUCUUUUUCAUUUUAUUUUUAUUUUCGGGAUAGCUUUUUGCAUGUAAUGUCUUGCAAAGUUGUUGGUUCUACUCAGGAAUUGUUUGUUCCUUCAAUCAUUUUGGUUUGAUUUUAGCAUAUUGUAUUCUGAGGAUUUUUGUUGAUUACUAGUGUGAUACAUUGAAAGGAUACCCUUAUAGGGUCCUUAGAAUAAGCCACAUUAUUUUUUUGAA